ACGGCAUUCAAGCGACAGUAUUUUGACUUCUAUAUUUUUAAGUCUAAUUAUUAAUUAAUUGUAUUAUUAUUAUUAUUAUUAUUAUUAUUAUUAUUAUUAUUAUUAGGUUAUUAUUAUUUGGACUGUGGAACUCGGGGAGCGAUCAUCCGCGCGCUCUUCCCGUCUACCCCGAAACGAACAGAGGAGCGCGCGCUGCCAUUGUAGCCCAUCGGUAACGGGGGAAGCACCGUUAGCGCGCGCGUUAGUGCACAAAAAGAUAAGGAUGUGUGCAUGAGGAAUUGAGCGAUUGAGGUUUGGUCUGCGUCGUUCAAAUCGUUGUUAACGGUUGGGAUCUGUGUGAGUGGAGCAGCAGCAGCCGCCUGUCACACAACAAUAGCGCCCGGUGAGGCGCUGCUUUCUGUAGUAAAGGAAAAAAAAGGAGAGAAAAAAAAGAGAAAGACAGGAGGGACGGAGGAAACCGCGGCCACCGAGAGCUCCCAAAUGGGCUGCACAACAUAAGCGUGCGUGUAGAAAUCCGCUCUGCUGUUUAUACUUGUACAGAAGGAGAAAAAACACCAUGAAUUCUGCCGAGGUUGCUGAGGAAGGACCGAAUGAGCCGGAUACGGACCCGUUUUUCAAGACAGUUCCGUCUCUCUCGGCCGGGUCUCUGAGGAACGACGGCGUAAAGGCUGCUGAUGUUCUGACGGUUCUGAGGGAAAAGGUCGCCUUUGUCUCAGGAGGCAGAGAUAAGAGAGGUGGACCCAUCCUGACCUUCCCUGCCCGUAGCAACCACGACCGAAUAAAGCAAGAGGACCUGCGCAGACUCGUCACCUACCUCUCCACCGUGCCCAGUGAGGAUGUUAGUAAGCGUGGCUUUACCGUGAUCAUUGAUAUGCGUGGCUGUAAGUGGGACCUGAUUAAGCCGCUGCUAAAGACAUUGCAGGAAGCAUUCCCGGCUGAGAUCUGCGUGGCCCUGAUCAUCAAACCAGACAACUUCUGGCAGAAGCAGAAGACCAACUUCGGCAGCGCUAAAUUCACAUUUGAGACGAGCAUGGUGUCCGUGGAAGGCCUGACUAAACUGGUGGACCCGUCCCAGCUGACGGCCGACCUGGACGGUACGCUGGAGUAUGACCACGUUGAGUGGACAGAGCUGCGUGUUUCCCUAGAGGAGUUCACAUGUGGAGCACUGCACCUCCUCUCACGCCUGGAGGAACUUCAGGAGACACUUUCAUGCCAGGAGAUGGCCCCGGAUGCCGAGGAGGCACGCAGGCUGCUAGAGGAGCACGCACGCCUGAGAAAGAGCGCCACCAAGGCACCCGUGGAUGAGCUGGAGCACGAGGGACAACGUCUACUGCAGAAAAUCAGGGAUGGCGGGGAUGGACGCCUGUCUGGAGGACCUGACUUUCAGAGCCUCGUUCCUAGAGUCGCCGCCCUGCUGGACAAACUGCAGGCUGCGCGCCAGCACCUUUUACAGGCCUGGCACAAGCGUAAACAGCAGUUGGACCAGUGCUUCCAGCUCCGACUCUAUGAGCAGGAUGCCGAAAAGAUGUUUGAGUGGAUUGGGCACAACAAGGAGCUGUUCUUACAGACGCACACAGAGAUCGGGGUGAGCUACCAGCACGCCACUGACCUUCAGACGCAGCAUGACCACUUCGCCAUGAACUCCAUGAACGCCUAUGUUAACAUCACACGGAUCGCUUCGGUGGCCACGCGGCUGUGUGAGGCAGGCCACUAUGCCACCGAUCAGAUCCAGCAGGUCUCAGCACAGCUGGAUCAGGACUGGAAGAGCUUUGCCUCGUCUCUGGAGGAGCGCAGCGCCAUUCUGGCCAUGUCCUCUGUUUUCCACCAGAAGGCUGAGCAGUUUCUCACUGGAGUCGAGGGUUGGGCGAAGGCGUGCAGCGAAGGAGGAUUGCCCACGGCGAUGCAGGAACUGGAGUUGGCCAUCCACAGCCAUCAGAAUCUGUACGAGCAGGUGACCACAGCAUACACAGAGGUGAGUCAGAAAGGGAAGACGUUUCUGGACGUCCUGCAGAGGCCACAGCCUCAGGCCGACUCUGGCUCGGUGACAUUGGGCGCAGACUACAGCCAGGCGGUGCGCGCUGUUCUGGAUGUGAUGCAUGAGGUGGUGCACGAGCACCGCAGGCUGGACGGUCUGCUGCAGCACCGCAAACUGCGCCUGCACCAGAGACUGCAGCUGUGUGUGUUCCAGCAAGACGUGCAGCAGGUCCUGGACUGGAUCCAGAACCAUGGAGAGGCGUUUCUCAGUAAACACACUGGCGUGGGGAAGUCUGUACAUCGUGCACGAGCUCUACAGAAACGACACGACGACUUCCAGGAAGUGGCACAGAACACCUACACCAACGCCGAUAAGCUGUUAGAAGCAGCCGAGCAGUUGGCUCAGACGGGUGAGUGCGACCCGGAAGAGAUCUACACCGCUGCCCAUCACCUAGAGGUCAGAGUUCAGGAGUUUGUGCGCCGAGUGGAGCAGAGGAAACUGCUCCUGGAUCUCUCUGUGUCCUUUCACACACACACCAAAGAGCUGUGGUCGUGGAUGGAGGAGCUGCAGAAGGGCCUGGUGGAACCCGUGUGCUCGGAGUCAGUGGACACGGUGCAGGAGCUCAUCCGGCAGUUUCAGCAGCAGCAGAGCAGCACGCUGGACGCUACGCUCAACGUCAUCAAGGAGGGAGAGGAGCUCAUCCAGCACUUACGGGACUCAGCGCUGGCGAGUAACAGGCUGCCCCAUGCCAGCUCCGUGGCUCAUAUCGAGAGCGUGCUGCAGCAGCUGGAUGAAGCGCAGGCUCACAUGGAGGAACUGUUCCACGAGCGUAGGAUCAAACUCGACAUCUUCCUGCAGCUGCGCAUCUUCGAGCAGUACGCCCUGGAGGUUACAGGCGAGCUGGACGCAUGGAAGCAGGAUCUGCUCCGCCAGGCAUCUGAAUUUAACACAGAAGAGCUCACGCUUGCCGAGCAGAGGCUCCACCGUCACACUGAACGUAAACUCGCCAUGAACAACAUGACCUAUGAGGUCAUCCAGCAGGGACAGGACCUGCACCAAUACAUCAUGGAGGUGCAGGCGUCAGGUAUGGAGCUGAGUGGAGAGAAGGAUGUGGAUCUGGCAGCUCAGGUUCAGGAGCUGCUGGAGUUUCUGCACGAGAAACAGCACGAGUUGGAGCUGAGCGCCGAACACACACACAAGCGCCUCGAACAGUGUUUACAGCUUCGCCACCUACAGGCUGAAGUCAAACAGGUUCUCGGCUGGAUCCGUAAUGGCGAGUCCAUGCUUACGGCGAAUACGGUGAAUGCCGGGUCUCUGUCUGAAGCAGAGCAGCUGCAGAGAGAGCACGAGCAGUUCCAGCUCGCCAUUGAGUCACUUCUCCAUGCAGAUUCACUCCAGAGGACACAUCAGAGCGCUCUCCAGCUACAGCAGAGAGCAGAGAUGAUGCUGCAGGCCGGCCAUUACGACCCGGACGCCGUUCGAGCCUGCGCUGAGACCGUGGCGCUGCACUGGCAGACGCUCAUGCUGAAAAUGGAGGAUCGACUCAAGCUGGUCAACGCCUCAGUGGCCUUCUAUAAGACCUCCGAGCAGGUGUGUAACGUGCUGGAGAGUCUGGAACAGGAGUACAGGCGGGAGGAGGACUGGUGUGGAGCGCACGACAAACUCGGCUCUACGUCAGACACGGACCACGUGUCUCCUCUCAUCAGCAAGCACCUGGAACAAAAAGAGGCCUUUCUCAAGGCCUGCACUCUAGCCCGCCGGAAUGCCGAGGUCUUUCUGAAGUACAUCCACCGCAAUAACGUGAGCAUGUCAGGGGUCACCAGCCACAACCGAGCACCUGAGACACAGGUUAAAGCCAUCCUGAGUGAACUGCUCCAGAGAGAGAAUCGUGUCCUGCAUUUCUGGACGCAGAAGAAAAAGCGCUUGGACCAGUGUCAGCAGUAUGUGCUGUUUGAACGCCAUGUCAAGCAGGCACUGGACUGGUUGCAGGACACUGGUGAGCAGUAUUUGUCCACACACACAUCUCCAGGUGAAACCACAGAGAAAACUCAGGGACUACUCAAGGACUAUGAGGAAUUUCGUGUCUCUGCAAAGCAAACCCAGGAGAGGGUGAAGCUGUUGAUCCAGCUUGCUGGCAGUCUGGUGGAGAAGGGCCAUGUCCAUGUGGCUGAGCUGAAGCGGUGGGUGUCCACCGUGGACAGGCGCUACCGGGACUUCUCUCAGCGCAUGGGCCAGUACCGCUCUAGUCUGGACCGAGCGCUGGGACUGUGCUCGGAGGACUAUAAAGAUCUGGAGUUGGACAUUAUCCCCGCCAGCCUGACCCACUCCGACCCGGAGGUCAACCUCAACGACCCCAACCACGAAGUCAACGAAGAGAAGAAAAAAUCGGCCAGGAAGAAAGAGUACAUCAUGGCAGAGCUGCUGCAGACUGAGAGAGCGUACGUCAGAGAUCUGCAGGAGUGUCUCGAGACAUUCUUGUGGGAGAUGACCAGUGGCAUGGAUGAGAUCCCACAGGGAAUCGCCAAUAAGGAGCAUGUCAUCUUUGGGAACAUUCAGGAGAUCUACGAUUUCCAUAACAACAUUUUUCUGAAAGAGCUGGAGAAUUAUGAACAGCUUCCUGAGGAUGUUGGCCAUUGUUUCGUUACUUGGGCUGAUAAGUUCCACAUGUAUGUCACCUACUGCAAAAACAAGCCAGACUCCAGCCAGCUGAUUCAGGGUCAAGCUGGACGCUUCUUCGACGAGAUCCAGAAAAGGCAUGGGCUGGCCAACUCCAUCUCCUCGUACCUCAUCAAACCUGUGCAGAGAAUCACAAAGUACCAGCUGCUGCUUAAGGAGUUGUUGACUUGUUGUGAAGAGGGUAAGGGGGAGAUUAAGGAAGGGUUAGAGGUGAUGUUGAGUGUGCCUAAACGAGCCAACGAUGCUAUGCAUGUGAGCAUGCUGGAGGGUUUUGAUGAGAACCUGGCUGUUCAGGGUGAGCUGAUACUACAGGACACAUUCCAGGUUUGGGACCCCAAAUCUUUGAUACGCAAAGGCCGAGAUCGUCACCUUUUCCUCUUCGAGAUCUCGCUGGUGUUCAGCAAAGAGAUGAAGGACUCGUCUGGACGCACAAAAUACGUCUAUAAGAGCAAAUUGCUGACUUCUGAGUUGGGAGUGACGGAGCACAUCGAGGGAGACCCGUGUAAAUUCGCUCUGUGGGCCGGACGCACCCCGACAUCAGACAGCAAAACCAUCCUGAAGGCGUCCAGUAUGGAGGUGAAGCAAGAGUGGAUCCGGAAUAUCAGAGAAGUAAUCCAGGAGCGUACAGUGCACCUUAAGGGGGCCCUGAAGGAGCCCAUCCACCUCCCUAAAACUCCAUCCAGACAGCGCAGUGUCAGCAAGAGGGAAACCACUGAAGACGCAGACAGUCAGGGUGACGCCAGCAGCCAGCCGGACACGAUCUCCAUCGCAUCCCGCACCUCCCAAAACACAGUGGACAGUGACAAGCUCUCGGGUGGUUGUGAACACACAGUGGUGCUGCAGGACUUUGUUGCGUGUUCGGCGUGUGAGCUGAGCGUGCACUCAGGACAGACGGUGGAGGUGUUGGAGCGCUCUAGCGAUCGACCUGGCUGGUGUUUGGUGAGAACCACGGAGCGCUCACCCCCUCAGGAGGGACUCGUGCCCAGCAGCACCCUGUCGGUCUCACACUCACGCAGCAGCGUCGACAUGGACUGCUUCCUCCCCUCCGGCAAAGAGAAUUACCCAGUGGGCAGUUCGGAGGUGAAGUCGGAGUCUGUGUCAUCACUGCAGCCUCAGGCGUCUGUGAGCUCAUUGCCGAGUAGCUCACCAGGACCCAAACGCUCGGGAACGACUGGAAACACGUUAAAGAAGUGGCUCACCAGCCCUGUGCGACGCCUCAGCCACGGCAAGGGAGACAACGCCAACGCCAAGAAACCCAACAACAAACAGCGCAAACGGGACGGUCGCAAGAGUGUGGACCUGGGAGCUCAGCACGAGGACAGCGCCGAGGAGAGAGGAAGACGAGGAGCAAACAGUGGAGGAGAGGACGAAGCAGAAGACGAGCCACACACACCUCUGCCUCCCCCAAUGGAGAUCAUUAAAGAUCCCUCAGCUCAGGAGGAGAAGAGUCCACAGCCUGGAUCCUUUGCUCCGUUGACAGCGUCCGAUCAAACACCCCGAGACCCAGAAACAGAGAAGAAGAACAAAGCCCUGAGAGCACGCAUGUUUGUAGUGAAUGAAAUGGUGCAGACGGAGAAGGACUACGUGAAGGACCUGGGUAUAGUAGUAGAGGGUUUCAUGAAGAAGGUUGCAGAAAAAGGAGUUCCCGAGGACAUGACGGGGAAAGAUAAGAUGGUUUUCGGGAACAUUCAUCAAAUCUACGACUGGCACAAAGAGUUUUUCCUGGGAGAACUGGAGAAAUGCCUGCAAGAUCAUGACAAACUGGCUGAGCUUUUCAUCAAACAUGAGAGGCGACUGCAUAUGUACGUGAUUUACUGUCAGAACAAACCUCGCUCAGAGUUCAUAGUGGCUGAAUAUGACACAUUUUUUGAGGAAGUCCAGCAGGAGAUCAACUCCAGGAUGUCCAUCAGCGAUUACCUGAUCAAACCCAUACAGCGGAUCACCAAAUAUCAGCUGUUGCUCAAGGACUUUUUGAUAUACAGCUCUAAAGCAGGCUUGGACUGUCAGGAAAUAGAGAAAGCAUAUGACCUGAUGUUGCUGGUGCCCAAACGCUGCAAUGAUAUGAUGGACUUGGGGAGGUUGCAGGGCUACGAGGGAAAACUAACAGCUCAAGGGAAGCUGCUGCAGCAGGACACGUUCUUUGUGACUGAGCAAGACUCGGGUGUUCUCUCUCGCAGUAAAGAGCGCAGAGUCUUCCUCUUCGAGCAGAUCAUCAUCUUCAGCGAACUUCUCCGCAAAGGAUCCUCAACGCCUGGAUACCAGUUUAAGAAGAGCAUCAAGGUGAGCUUUCUGAGCAUGGAUCAGCACGUAGAGGGUGACCCGUGUAAGUUUGUCCUUUCCUGCCGUGGUUCAUCCGAGAGGCUAACGCUACAGGCUGCUAACAUAGACAUUAAGCAGGAGUGGGUGCGGAGCAUACGAGAACUUCUGGACCUGCAGAGCAACUUCCUCACAGCGCUCCAGAACCCACAGGAGUACCAGAAGAAGGAAUCCGGAUCCUCUCACUCUCUAAACCGCCAGGCGUCCGGCAGCAGCCGCUCCUCUUCCUCGCAUCCCUCUACCCCACUCAAACCCUCUUCCUCCAACAGCAGCCCCGCCCACAAGCCCAGCAAGCAGCAGGAGGAGGACUCGGACGAGGCGGAGUGUAACGGCUUGUCGUCAGUGAUGGUGAUGCAGGACUACAACGCGGUGAAGGAGGACGAGAUCUGUGUGGUGGUGGGCGAGAAGGUGCAAAUCCUGGCCACCAAUCAGCAGAACAUGUGUCUGGUGUAUCGACCUGCCAACAGCCAAUCGCCUGCUGCGGAAGGCUGGGUGCCAGGACACGUGCUGUCCUCAACCCGGUAAAUCCACGCCCCCUCCCCUGCUUGAAAACUCUGGAAGAAAAAAUUAAAAAAAAAUUUUAAAACACCUCACGACUCACGAAAUAGCCAGCAUUCAGCGUUCAGUUUGACAACAGACUAUACGCCAAACCAGGACAGCACUGAGGACUCGUCAGUCAGGGUCCGUCUAUCCCACAUCUUAUUGCAGUACAGCUAUGAACUGGAGAUGCACGCUAAGUUAGACUUGGAUGUGACAUCAUUACUGUUAAUACAAGUCAAAACAGAAAAAAUGAGAAGUAAUAAAUUAUAUUAAUAAUAAUAAUAAUAAUAAUAAUAAUAAAAAGACUGUCUUGUAUAGAGAGGAAGUGAAAUUGUUAGUGCAUUAAGUGUGGAUGUUUCUGAAUGUUAGUGCUCGACGUUCUCUGUUGCUCUGGAAUGUACUGUUCUCUUCAAACAGAUCUUUCUCUCUCUCUCUCUCUCUCUCUCUCUCUCUCUCUCUUUUUUACUGUCUAUGCCAAGUCAUUUGCACACUGUGUACUAUUAUUUGGGGGGUUUUUAAGUCUUUUUCCUUUUUAUUUUUAUUUAUUUAAUUUUUUUUUACAGGAAAUCUCUUAUUAUUUGCCGUUCAUUUCCAAGGUAGAAAAAAGAAAAACAUUCUGCACUCCCCCCCCCACAAGUUAUUGCAAAGAUGCCAAGUUGUGCAAUACCACACUAGUCACCAUGCUCAUCACUGUACCUUUAAUGUAACUAAGAAUUUAAAUGUAUUAUUCUGUAUCAUUUGAAAGUUGUACAUAAUAUUUUUGCCAUUAUAGAAAACAAACCAGAGGAGACUAAUAAAAAAAAAAAGAAGAAAAAAAAAAAACUAAGAAAAAAACAUAGCUGCUUAGCCUAAAGGAUCAGAUAAACGAUGGUAGUCCACACUGCCACCUCAGUCUGACGGUUAUUUUUUACAUUUGACGUUAUUCUUCAGAUUUAGAAUCAUCCAGUUCAUAGCUGGCCAAAAAAAUGUUUACUGAAAUUAAACUUCAUUAAAGUCAGUGUUGUUGAUGGAAAGACCUUUAUAUAAUUGUCAGUAUCUGCUCUAGCAGUUUUGAGUGGCCUCAUGAUUGCAGCUUCUUCCUGCAGAACCUUAUGUGUACAUAAAAAUAAUAAAUCUAGCAGGUAUUUCACUUAUUAAUCUCUGGAAUGUGGUUCAUAAUAAAGCUGGCAAUUUUUCAUCUUG